AUGGAGGCAGCUCCCGGGGCUGCUCCUGCCUUCGCUGCCAGCCCGGGGAGCCCGGGGGGCCGAGCCCGAGCUGGGGAGAGCGGCAGGACGAGGCUGGGGAUCCGUGCGGGAAGGGCAGGGGAGCGCACAAAGAACUCGGGGCCGCACGUGUGCGGCUGCUGCGGGAACUCCGAACUUUCUCUGGGGGCUUCUCCGCCAAAUGUGUGCCCAGUGUUUGAGCUGGCCCUGGUGGGACACCAGGAGCCCUGCAUUCAGUCCUUCAACAGGAUGGUCAAGAUGUGGAAACAAGGCUGCACAAAGGGGAGGUGGUGUGUGAGCUAUGAGAGAAGGUCUGGCUACUACACGGUUUACAAGCAGGUGUACAGGAUGGAGCAGCAGACUGUCUAUAAGUGCUGCCCUGGCUGGGCCCAGCGCGACAACGAACGCGGCUGUCUGCACUACGUGGAUGAGUGCGAGGUGCUGAACGGAGGCUGCCAGCAGGGCUGUGUCAACACCCAGGGCUCCUUCCAGUGCCAGUGCCGGGCGGGAUUUCGGCUCCACGCCGACGGGCGCACCUGCAUCGCUGUCAAUUCCUGCAGCAUUAACAACGGGGGCUGUGAGCAGGACUGUGUUCAGCUCAGUGAGGACCACUACAAGUGCCAGUGCCAGCCAGGCUACCAGCUGGAGACAGAUGCCAAGUCCUGUCAAGCUUGGAACCCCUGCACAAGUGGGAAUGGAGGAUGCUCACAAAUCUGUCAGAACGAGAGAGGAAUUGCAAAAUGCGGGUGUCAUCCAGGGCAUUCUCUUUCCGUAGACAAAAAGUCCUGUUUAGAUGUGGAUGAGUGUGCAGAGGGCAGAGCCAGGUGUGCCCAUCGCUGUGUGAACACCCCGGGCUCCUUCAGCUGUGCCUGCAGCCCCGGCUUCGAGCUGGGCGCAGACGGGCGCCAGUGCUACCGCAUCGAGAUGGAAAUUGUGGACAGCUGCCAGGACGGGAACGGCGGCUGCUCCCACCAGUGCGAGCACACGGCAGCGGGACCGCGCUGCUCCUGCCACCGCGGCCACCGCCUGGGCACGGACGGCAAAACCUGCACAGAGGUGGAUGAGUGUGAAACUGGAGAGUCCUGCUGCUCCCAGUUCUGCAUCAACUACGCGGGGGGCUACGAGUGCGCCUGCCAGGCGGGGUUCCAGCUCAGCACCGACGGCUGCUCCUGCGACGAUGUGGAUGAAUGUGGUCUGGAUAACGGCAACUGUGACCAUUUCUGUGUGAACUCCCUGGGGUCCUACGAGUGUGCCUGCAAGGAGGGUUACAGGCUGGGGGAUAGCAGAUGGGCCUGCGUGGGUGUGGAGGAGGUGGAUGCAGAGGAGGCAGUGGGGCUGGCCGGUGCCCCGGGGCUGCAGCUCCGAGGGCCCCCCCAGCUGCUCCACUACGCCCUGGGAGCCCUGGCUGAGGAUGGAGACCCCCGAGGGGAGCUCACCCUGGUGCACAGGGUCGUGUGCCUGGGUGACACGUUUGGCCAGGACUGCAGCCUGAGGUGUGAGGAUUGUCUGCACGGGGGCCGCUGCAACAGCGAGCGCAGCGGCUGCGUCUGCCCGCCCGGCUGGGCUGGUGUCAUCUGCAAUGAGACCUGUCCCCCCGGCUCGUUCGGCAGAGGAUGUGCCGGUGUCUGCAAGUGCCAGAACGGCGGCUGGUGUGACCCCGGCACGGGGCAGUGCCGCUGCCCGCCCGGCGUGCUGGGCCGGCUCUGCGAGGAUGGUUGCCCAAAAGGUUUCUUUGGGAAGAACUGUAACAAACCGUGCAACUGUGCCAACAAGGGUCACUGCCACAGACUGUACGGAGCCUGCCUGUGUGACCCCGGGCUCUACGGACGCUUCUGCCACCUCACCUGUCCCAGGUGGGCCUUUGGCGCGGGCUGCUCGGAGGAGUGUCAGUGUGUCAAGGAGCACACGCUGGAGUGCAGCCCCAGGAACGGCUCCUGCACCUGCCAGCCUGGAUACCACGGCAAAAAGUGUCAGAAAGAGUGCACCCCGGGGUUUUAUGGGGCUGGUUGCAAACUGAGGUGCAGCUGUCCUCCUGAUGUCCUGUGUGAUCCUGAGACAGGAGCCUGCAAACAUCCAUGUCCAGCUGGCUUUCAUGGAGAAAAAUGCCAUUUGUCUUGUCAGCCUGGAAGCUUUGGAAUGGGCUGCAGGCAGAGGUGCAGCUGUGGAGGAGCCCCGUGUGAUCCGAAGACAGGGCAGUGUGUUUGCCCAGCUGGGAAGACUGGUGCUACGUGUGAGCAAGAUUGUCCAGAUGGCCAGUGGGGACCAGACUGCCAGAACUCCUGCGAGCCCUGCGCCAACGGGGGACAGUGCAACAGGGAAACCGGAGCCUGUGACUGUCCCCCUGGCUACACUGGGCCAUCCUGCUCUGCCACCUGCCCCGAUGGGCACUAUGGCCUGGGCUGCGUGUCGCUGUGCAGCUGUGGCAGCAGCGCCCAGUGUCACCACGUCACCGGAGAGUGCUCCUGUCCCCCGGGCUGGACCGGCCACCACUGCAAACACCCAGUGCAGCAGGGUUUGGGGGUGGUGCUGGAUGUGACCCCGUUUCCCUUGGCAGCCUGCAGCAGCGGCCGCUGGGGCCAGGGCUGCGCCAACUCCUGCGCCUGCGACGGCGGCGACUGCGACCCUGCCACGGGCACCUGCUCCUGCCAGCCGGGAUUCACCGGGCAGCACUGCCAGCUCAGGUGCCCCGAGGGGAGCUUUGGGCCGGGAUGUGAGUCCAGCUGUCAGUGCCAGAACGGAGCCGCCUGCGACCACGUCAGUGGAGCCUGCACCUGCACGGCGGGCUGGACUGGAACCUUCUGUGAAAGAGUCCUGAAGGAAGAUUGUGGAGGGGAGAGUGAAAUUCAGCGCUUUGUAAAACACCGUUUCCGCAUGUUUUCUCUCAAGAAGGCAGAGUGUUUGCUCUCAGCUGACCUGGGUUACCUCUUAACUUAG